AGUUCUCUCUCUCUCUCUCUCUCUGUAUUCCAAGUUAUCUCCGACCCCUCUCUCUCCUUUCUCUCUCACUCGCCGGGCUCCGGCGAUGUGUUUGGCGGUAAUGGUUUCCGGCGCAUUAUACAGAGAACCGAGUCCUGAGAUCCUAAACGGAUGCCACACUUUCCGGUAAUUCUGUUUGGAUUGCUGGAAAUCAGCCGAUAAAUUUUCUGGAAAAUCAAUAUAACUCGGUGGUAUCUCUAGAAGUCUCAAUCUUAUACGGAGGAUGCAUGUGUUUCCAUACUCGAUUCGUUUGCAUCAGUUUCGGCAAAUGUGAAAAUAUUUUGCCAUCUUCUUAGUUGCAUCGAUGCACUUUUGCUUUUUCUGGGUAUACUUUUUCGUGUUAAACUGAUGGAAAGAAUAAACACAUGGAGACCAAUUGCGUGCAAAGCUCGGUAUUUGUUUUCCGGGUAUUGGGACAAGAUAUAGGAUUUGCGGUAUAGAAGAAGUUUUGGAACCCUUUGUCAAGAAUGAAUGUUGUAUGAGAAAUUUGCUUGGUUUUGUUGGGGUAUGGUAGAGAUUUGUUUUUAACAUAUCAAACAAAGCUUGCUAGGAUUAUUUCUGUGGAGGUAGAGGGGAGGAGGUGACUACUAUUUCGAAAAUGAAUCCAGAGGGAGGAGUGAAUGAUGGUCGGCCUCGAUAUGGACCAAGUGAUUCGCUUCUCCCGGGUCUUAUCAACGACCUCGCUUUGGAUUGCCUUGCUUGGGUGAGUAGAUCGGACUAUGCAUCUUUAUCUUGUGUUAAUGCAAGUUUUAAUGGUUUAAUUAAAAGUGGGUGUUUAUAUGGGUUGAGAAAACAAUUGGAGAUUGUGGAGCAUUGGGUGUAUUUAGUUUGUGAUCCAAGGGGGUGGGAAGCAUUUGACCCCAUUAGGAAGAAAUGGAUGACGUUGCCAAGAAUGCCUUGUGACGAGUGUUUUAAUCAUGCUGAUAAGGAGUCCUUGGCUAUGGGCAGUGAAUUGUUGGUUUUUGGUCGUGAGUUGUUGGAUUUUGCCAUUUGGAAGUAUAGUUUGAUUCAUCGGAGUUGGGACAAGUGUCAAGGUAUGAACCGUCCUCGGUGUUUGUUUGGGUCAAGUAGCCUUGGUCACCGCCCUCGGUGUUUGUCCAGUUCGAGUAGCCUUGGUUCGAUUGCUAUUGUUGCAGGAGGGAGUGAUAAAUAUGGGAAUGUUUUGCAAUCUGCUGAAUUGUAUGACUCUUCAUCAGGUACUUGGGAAAUGUUACCUAGCAUGCACACGCCACGUAGAUUGUGCUCGGGAUUUUUUAUGGAUGAAAAAUUCUAUGUGAUUGGUGGGAUGUUAAAUCCCUCGGUACCAUUGACCUGUGGAGAGGAGUAUGAUCUUCAGACGAAGAAAUGGAGGAAAAUAGAGGAUAUGUAUCCAUUUGCCAAUACGGCCACCCAGGCUCCUCCUCUUGUGGCAGUUGUUAAUAACCAGUUAUAUGCAAUCGAGCAUUUGACCAACAUGGUGAAGAAGUAUGACAAAGUGAAGAACACCUGGGAUGUGUUGGGAAGGCUUCCAGUGAGGGCUGAUUUGGCAAAUGGCUGGGGCCUGGCUUUCAAGGCUUGUGGAGAGGAACUGCUGGUUGUGGGUGGCCAAAGAGGCCCAGAAGGCGAAGGGAUUGUACUGAACUCUUGGUGUCCAAAGUCUGGGGUCAAUAAUGGAACCUUGGACUGGAAGGUUCUUGGUGUGAAGGAGCAUGUUGGUGUGUUUGUGUACAACUGUGCUGUUGUGGGUUGUUGAGGAUUUAUAUGCUCGAGUGAAAGGAAGAUGUGUGAUUCAACUUGGCCGUACAGGGUGCUUCUCUGGGCAUUUAUCUUAUUGACUAGAAUUAAUCUUCAUUGAGAUAGCUUUGUCUAGCUAAAAAAUUUGGUUUUCAUUUCUUAACAUGCCUGUAUUUGAAUCUUUCUGCUUUCAUGUUUCUGCCUUUUAUUUGCUUUUGAGAGGCACUAAAUAGAGUCACUUUGUAAUGCUUUGUUCCUUGUUUUAAUUUUCAAAGUUCAUCCACAGCCCACUUAUUUAUACCAAUAAAUUGAAAACCCUUUUGACAGAA